GUACGCAAGUCCCAGCUUACGCGGAGGCCGAAGUCACGAGUACUCAAUCUCAUUGUUGUCGUAAUCGAUUCUAUUGCCAUUUUUGAAAUGUAUCUGACGUUUGUCGCCACCGCGACCAUCGGCACAGCCUUCCUGCUUUGUCGUAUCUCUUGGAUACUGCUCUUUACUCCUAUCGCGCGAGUCCCAGGCCCCAGGUCGUUUGCUUGGACGAAAUGGAGACUGGCAUACGAAGACUACAAAGGCACCCGCACGAGGACAAUCCAUCGCCUACAUGAAAUAUACGGUCCUGUGGUUCGCGUGGGUCCCAAUGAAGUCUCGUUCAACACCCUCGCAGCCCUACGCCAAAUCUAUGGAGCCGGCAGUGUAUUUGGCCGUCCCGAAUCAUUCUACCGAGUGUUCGAUGUGUUCGGGCAGCCGCAUAUGUUCACUUUCUACACUUCGCGGGAGCAUGCGGCACGAAAGAAGGUCUUGAGUCAGAUGUACGCAAAAUCCACGGUCCUGAAGAGUCCAGUGGCAGACUCGAUCAGGUCCAAAGUCACGCAGUUCCUGGACCUCAUUGAAUCAGACCCGCAGACCGCAUCGCAUCUGACGAAGAGUUUGCACUACUACUCGCUCGACAAUAUUACCUGGAUGGUGUUCGGACCCUAUGGGAGGGCCACCGCGGCCCUAACUGGCCGAGUGUCGGACUGCCAAAUCCUGAGUGACAUCGAACAACCCACGGCGCGAAGAUACUCGUGGUUUCAGAUUCAUCUGCCACAAUAUACCGGUUGGGCCAUGUCAUGUGGCUCGCGUCUAAAGUCAAUCCUUGGAUUAACGGGUCUCCUGCCCGGCGAGAAGCCCAUAGCGUACAGCGGGCUUCAGGACUAUGCACUGGCGAUGUUCAAGAUGCAUCGACAAGACAGUAAUCAGGUUUUAGACAGCAACGCUAGUUUGAUUAUGAGACUUCUGAAUGCUCAAGCCAUGACCCACGGAAAAGACUCGAUCUCUGAUAUGGGCAUCGCAGCGGAAUGUGCCGACCAUCUCGACGCAGGGCUCAAGACUACAAGCGACACCUUAAUGUUUGCCCUCUGGGCUCUGUCGCUCCCAGACCAUCAGCACUACCAACAGCGUCUUGCUGCUGAAGUGGACUCAAUGAGGGGCUCACUAUUUGACAUGGCAGACAAUGGGUCAAUCACACCACCAGACAUGUGCGAUCAUCUGCCUUUCCUGGAUGCUGUGAUUAAAGAGACCCUGCGUCUAUAUGCCCCUAUACCAGCAUCACAGCCCCGUUCCAGCAGUCAGGAUACGAUUGUUAACGGUUACGCCAUACCCGCUGGAACAGUUGUCAGCUGUCAAGCGUACUCUCUCCACCGAAACGCGGAGGUAUUCCCUAACCCAUACGCUUUUAAUCCAGACCGAUGGCUUGGUAGUGAGGCUGAGGUCACCGAAAUGAAGCGCUGGUGGUGGCCCUUUUCUAGUGGCGGGAGGAUGUGUCUUGGCAUGCAUCUGGCCCUUGCGGAGAUGAAGACCUUAUUGGCGGCUCUGUAUCAGAGGUACUCCACGAGUGUGGGCUCGGAGUUCCAGUCUUCGUCGCCAACAACUACAAGUCGAUUCGAGCAUGUGUAUGAUGAUUCAUUUCCUAUUGCAGAG